CGCAGGCCCUAGCCAUCAUAUGCUUUGACAUCUUCUCCCGACCAUGCGACGUGACCUUUAAAGCAGAAAGCAUUCCUUCCGUCUACUACCACCAACCCACACUCCCACCGAGCCCCAUCUCACACAUCCUUCUCUGCGCAGCUAUCGACGCUCAAUAAUCGCGGUGCAAUCCAGAAACGGACCAACGACACCGAUCGCACUCGAUCCAUCUCCGUCUCGCGAGCUGACCGUCUGUAUCGCCUUGCUGCCGAACAACAGGCCAACUUCGAACAUCCCAUUCCAUCAACAGCUGGAGGCAUCCAGUGGAUCACUCCUCAGCACUCACCCCAACCCCAGCCCUUCACCUCCGAGCAACUCAUCGAGCCCUUCCCACACUGGACCGCGCCGACUCCCCCUCGUUCGGAUUCCGGCAUUCCUACCCUUUCGGUCGACGCGAACGACGAACCUGUGACCACUGCUAUCAGCGUUGCUCCUGAGUUCGCGUUUGAGCAACCCUCUGCAUCAUCUGCGGAAAUGAGCUCGUUAGGCUUCCUGCUUCCAUCCACCUACGGAGGCGCGCCAUACGAAUCCGAAAAUAGCAACUACGCCAUGGAUCAGAACCAGUAUAUUCCACCGAUGCGCAUGUCGCAACCUACCACGACCAGUGGUACUUCUGCAUAUGCCCAGACUUCAUCUUCUAGCCCUGCACUGUAUCAAAGCCGAACGUCUGAUGCAUCAAGCGCACGGCGACACUCUGAGAUGCCAGCUGCCAGUGCAUCGCCAUAUGAUCAAAGCUACCGUCGAGUAAGCAACCCUUACGAGGGGGGCUACUCCAUGCCUCCCAGCCAAAACAUUCCGUCGAUUAGUGGCUUGACGCAAAGCCCGUUACCUUCCCCAGGAAUGCACCAGACGUCUGCAGCGCAGAUGAUGCCACAAUAUGACACUAGCAACAUGUCAAGAUCUCCAAACAUGUACCAGUCAAACCCGUACGGACAGUCAUAUACGACAGCGCCUGCCAACCCACAGAUGUACGCGCCAAGUCAGCAACAGAACAUGUCAUACCCUCCACCUUUCGUGGGCAGCAGCGUGAACGAGAUGACCAAGCCGCCUAUGGGCGGCACUGAUUCUUCGAUACGAGUACUCAACCAACGACCGAAGCCCCAAUGUUGGGAACACGGAUGCAACGGUCGACAAUUCUCCACAUUCAGCAACCUCCUACGACACCAAAGAGAAAAGUCUGGCACCGCCUCGAAAUCGUAUUGUCCGAAGUGCGGGGCAGAGUUCACUCGAACGACGGCGAGAAACGGUCACCUCGCGCACGACAAGUGUACAAAGCAGCGACGCCCCUCGGAUGGAAAGUGAUGAUGAUGAUGAUGAUGAUGAUAAUGAUGAUUACGGCAGCAUGGGAAAGGCUUUUUAUGAAAACAGAUGGACAAGGAUUUUUGAAAUUUUGCAUUAUACUGGCGCGUUUUCUAGAUUCCUUCUUCGAUUAUACCCUCGUUGGGCGCCUGUGUUGUGUACUACUGCGAGGGAAUGCAUGACCGCUUCACCACACGCCUACCACACGUGGGAAGCAGGGAGCGAGAGCGAACAGUGUGCGUGUAAAAUCGGGAGGCUUUUCCCCGAAAGAUGGCGGAAAGCAUGAUGAAUUCAUUCUUCCCUUCUUCGGCACCG